GUACAUGUAGGCAAGUAAUGGCGACUGAAAAACCGUGACAUCCAUCGUUGUAAUGAUUUUGUCGCAGUUAGUUUAAUUGUUUUUACAUCUGAAGAGAAUUUACAAAUAGAGAAGUAGCCAUUAGACAGGAAGAAGUUUGAGUAACGUGACAGAAUGGCUGAGGUUGGAGCAGGAAGUCUUGUGGAUGACAAGCACGUGUUGAUGGAUGUUGGAUAUGGAAUGGGAAUUCUGAAACAGCUUAAUGAAAUGAGAGCCAAGAAACUCUUCACUGACACGAUCUUGUGUCUCGGUCAGGAGGAGUUCCCUUGCCAUAAAAAUCUCUUAUCAGCAAGUAGUCCUUAUUUCCAUGCGAUGUUUACUAAUGAUUUAAGAGAAACGCGUGAUAUACGUGUUCCCUUCGCUGAUAUUUCUCCCUGGACAUUUAAGCGUAUUAUUGACUACGUGUACACUGGUCGUUUAGAGAUCUCAACAGAUAAUGCUCAAGAAAUGCUCACUGCUGGUUGUAGAUUCCAUUAUCCUGCCAUUGUCGAUGCUUGCUGUACUUUCUUAAAGCGACAGUUACAUCCCUCAAACUGUUUAGGAAUUCAGUUAUUUUCUCAGAUCCAUUCCUGUAAGGAGUUAGAGGACAGUACUACAAAGUAUGCGCUUGAAAAUUUCUCCUCGUUAGUUCAGUAUGACGAGUUUUUAGAACUGCCGUUAGAAAAAUUGCUGUGGUUUGUAUCGAGUGAUCAUAUCGAGGUACGAAAUGAAGAGACCGUGUAUAAUGCUGUCAUGCGAUGGAUAAAGUAUGAUGUUGAAGAUAGGAAAAAAAGUGUUCUCCAGUUACUUCAAGAAGUCAGAUUGCCUGUGAUCAAUAUUAAUAAUUUACGAAGCAUGGAGAAUGAACCUCUUUUACAAAAUUGUGAUACUUGUAUGGAUCUAGUCAGACAAGCACAAAUUAAACAUGAAACAAUUCAUGAUCAGUAUGGUAGAAGAAGGAGAAGCAUGCAAGAUACGAUGUUCCAUCCAAGGCCAUCCACUAUUGCUAAAGAGGUAAUAGUGGCAGUGGGCGGUUUGAAUGGAUUCGUAACAAGAAGCGUUGAAAUGUUUGAUCCCCAGAAAGAUGCCUGGUCGUCCUUGCCAGACUUUCCGAAACCUGUCACAUGGUUCAGUAUUUCUGCUGUAGUCAAUUGUAUAAUUGUGGCCGGAGGAAUUCUUGAUAAUACAAUUAUUGACAGCGUGUGGAAGUUUGAUACUUUGGUGGGCGGGGAAACAAUAAAUAAGAAAACUUAUCAUGUUAAACUUUGUCUCAUGUGUGUUAACCAACUUGAAACCUUAGCCUGCUGGAUGCAUGUGAUUCUACACUGUUACCAGUCCGUGCAGAUCAAGAUCAUCCAGUUUAUCUGUGCCAUCUGA